AUGAAUUCAGGUAGUAAUAGAUCGAUGAAGAAGUCAUACGAGCGACUCGCCGAAAUAUAUUCGAACUCUGGUGACACGGUUGAAUUCGCGCACAAUUUCGAAAAGUAUAUCAAUACCAUUAUAUCGCCAUUUCUUCAUUUAUGGAACCGUUUUUAUAUUUUUGUUUUUCAGAUGUUUGGAUUAUUCUUUUGGUUGUUGUUGCAUUUUGGUUCAUUUAAUGUACCGUUCUGCUCUGUUCAACCGAUGAUUCCUGUGUACUUAAUUGUCGAUGGUUGUUUACAUGUGCUUUUUGCUGCUAUAAAAAUUUAUAAUAUAUGGCCUCUUCCCAAGUCGACAAAUAGACCAAAUUUAAGUAUUCAAGUUGCAUGCAAAGCAACUGAGAUCGUAAUAUGUGUUGCAAUUAUGAUUUGGCUUAUAUUAGGAUGUAUAUGGAUUUAUGGUGCAAAACAAUAUGUCCACUUCGAGGAGGGCAUGUUUGAACGACAUUUUUGUGAUACAGCAACAUAUUGGAUUGCAUUUAUUUCGGUGACAUUACAUAUCGCAUCAGUCGCUAUAUUUGUCGUUGUAUUUAUAAUUAUCUUGGCGUUAGGAAUUUGGAAAGAAACCGAUUCGGCAAAUAACAAUGUGCGAACAUAA